CCCUUCGGUGAUUCGUAGUUCCCUAGCAAGGUGACAAGGAUAACAGAGUAGAGACCUGGGAGAGCGAAGAUCCAAGUAACGAAGCGCUGGCUGAUUAGUGACCUCCCACUAGAAGGAAGUGAGAAGUGGCAUACGUUUACCUCUCACUGGAAGGAAACGGGAAGCUCACGGGUGGCGUAUGUUUAGUGAUUUGUUACGACACACGAAACAGGAGCGUGUUAAACGUGCAGGUUCUACUUGCGGGAGUCGGUGUUCUCUCCAUUCUGUAACCUUUCUUUACUAACCGAGCGUCUUAGUGUGGUGUGGAUAGGUGAUACUCCAAAAUGGGUUGCUUUUUUUCAAAUUCCAGGAGAAAAUCCCCUGAUAAGGAGACUGAUCUGUCUGCUGCAGACAAGAUCACUGCGAGUAAUAAUGUUCCAGGAUCCAGCAACAUUAGCAACGCGCUAAGCGGCAGUAACCAAGAAGCGUCGAAGCAAUACAGCUGGGACAAACGGGAAAAGGUCGAUCCUAAAGACUUCAUUCUGACGGGUAUAAAGGAUGCCACAGUGGGACGAUUGCCAGGAAAACUUAAUGGACAACAGUUUGUUAUACAAGAAUGUGAGAACUGCAACAUCUAUGUGCUUGACCACUCCGCAACAGUGACCAUUGAUGACUGUGUAAACUGUUGCAUAGUGCUUGGUCCAGUAAAAGGCAGUGUGUUUUUCCGAGACUGCAAAGACAUUAAGUGUGUGGUGGCCUGCCAGCAGUUUCGCACAAGAGACUGCAAAAAAAUGGAUGUCUUUCUGUGUUGUGCCACACAGCCCAUUAUUGAGUCCUCUACCAGCAUGAAGUUCGGCUGCUUCCAGUACUAUUAUCCUGAGUUGGCCUUCCAUUUCAAGGAUGCAGGUCUUAGCAUUUUCAACAAUAACUGGAGCAACAUACAUGACUUCACACCAGUCUCUGAGGAAACCAACUGGAGUCUGUUGCCUGAGGACACUGUGGUGUUGAAGUAUGUGCCUCUCCCUGAUCCUGAGUCAGAGUUCAGGUCUGUACGCAUUUCUACUGAUGGGAAUCGGAGUAUUGUGCCAUUGACCAGCGGAGGGAGGCGUAAGGACAGUGAGGAGUCCUGCCUGUUCGUAUUCUUCACUGGAGACUACACCACAGCCAAUGCUCGAAAGCUCAUCGAUGAGGCCACUAUCAAGGGUUUUACACUUAUCCAAACCAAAGAAGUAGCCAUGCGUCCUGAAGAUGUAACCAGAGUGUUUCAAAACAAUGCAGAGGACCUCAGAGAGUGGACCACAAAGGGCCCUGUCGUUGCCCUUGAGCUGAGUGGAGAUGGUGUAGUGGAGGCUUGCAGAAGCAUUGCCAAUGAAAUUUUCAGUGGAACAAAGGUGUUUGUUUCUGAGAAUAAAGAUUCAGCUUCACGGGAUGUUGACAACUUUUUUAACUUUGCUGACAUGCAGAUGGGAUUGUGAAUCUAAUGAAAACAACUUUCAGUGUUGUAAAAUAGAAUUACUUUUUUAUCUAGUAAUGUAAUGAGAUGAAUGCAGAGCCAAUAGUGUCCCAAGAUGUGUAGGAUGUUUGAACCACUAUUUACUUCUUACUCUUGUAAUUAGUGCUGCUAUAUAUAUUUUGGACAAUUAGAACUUUUUUAACUAUGCAUGUUUUUACUGUGUUUGUAAACAUGUUGUUGAAUUUAAAAGAAUAGGAUAAGAUGAUGUUAAAAAACCAUAAAGAACAUUUUGUUUCCGGAGUCUGUAACUGAAUAUUACUUUGGCUAUUGUCAAUCAUGCUGAAAGAAAGUUAAAUAAUAGAUAGACACUUAUUAAUGUUUCCCAGGGAGAUAUAACUGGAAAUAGUAUAUCCUUCUUUGCUUGUGUACAUUUUCACAAUUCAUAUUUGUGUAUCUUAUCCAUAUAUGUACAUAAGUCUUCGCUGUGGACAAUGUGAUUAUUUUAAAUCAGGAACCAUCUGUCAUAAGAGCCUCUGUUUCUUUCUAGGAAACUAGUAUAAUUAUUGAGACCAUUAUUCACUUGUUUUUCAUACAUACUAUUUUAAUGGAUAGUGUAUUUUGUAUUUUUGCUUGGACUGUUGAUAAUCUGCCCAAUUUUGGACAAAGCUUUUUCCACAUAUGUUGUUUAUGAAAUUCUUUGAAAGGAAUAUCUGAGGUUGAUUUUUAUUAUUAAUUAGAUUUAACUGAUUGUACUAUUCAGAGGUGUUCUAGUCAUUUAUUACACCCCCCUAUUUUUGUACUAAUGUUUUAAGAGCACAGUUUUAGUUCUGUGACCAAACAGCAAUCAGUUUUAUUUGCACAAAUGAAAUGAAUGCCUCACAAUGUACCUUUGUAUGGUUCUUAAUCGAUUGUAUAAGGCAGUUUUGUAGAAAUAAAUGUAAACUGUGAUUUA